AUGGCAUCUCACCAAGUAGCGCUUGUGACCGCAGGCUCUGCGGGUCUCGGCGCUGCAAUUGCUCGUGUCCUAGCCACAGAAGCACGGAUGAGCGUUGUCAUCAACUACUCCUCGAACGCUGAGCGAGCGGAGACGCUUGUCUCAGAGUUGAGGCGUGUCACAGAGCCCAAACAUCCUCAGGAAAUCUUGGAGCGCCCUGCGACUGGCCAGCAAGAAUUUGUUGCCAUCAAAGCGGACAUGGCAUCACGCAGCGAGAUCGUCCGACUGGUAGGAGAAAGUGUUGCACUUAUGGGCCGGCUCGAUGUUGUCGUUUCUAAUGUUGGAUGGACACGCAUGACGGACUUCAUGAACCUCGACGAAGGCGUUCUCGACGAAGAUUGGGAUCGCUGCCUGAAUACAAAUGUCAAGAGCCAUCUCUUCUUGUUCCACGCUGCUCGAGAACACCUAGAUAUAAGUGAAGGCUCGUUCGUCUCGACGGCUAGUGUGGCGGGAGUGAAGCCAAGCGGAAGUUCGUUGUCGUACGCGGUGUCCAAAGCCGCGCAAAUCCAUCUGAUCAAAUCACUUGCCUUGAUCGCAGCUCCUCGAAUCCGUGUCAAUUGUAUAUCGCCUGGCGUGUUGCUCACUGAAUGGGGUCGCAAGUUUCCCGAAAAAAAGCUCAAGGCGGUAAAAGAACGGAACAAGCUCGGAAGGUUUGCUGAUGUAGAGGACGUCGCACAGCAAGUCAAAGUACUGGUACUUAGCAAGUCGACCACAGGGCAGAACAUAGUUAUUGAUGCUGGGUUCUCCAUUUGA